AUGCAGUUGGUGGAAGUGGCACCAGAGGUAGUGUGUUUUCCCACUCAUUGCAGACUACAGGAUCUUCCGUACGAUGUGCUUAUGUUGUGUGCAGAAUACACACCGGUGCGGGAUGUGCUGCUACUUGGUACACUCAACCGUUUUCUUUAUGACUUCACUCGACCUGACAACGUGGCGCUGUGGGCACACUUCACAGAAAGAGUGUACUUGUUACAUCCGCCUGGCCUGAGGACUAUGCUGUUCAACAGCUCCCUGCUUAAAAUGUAUAUGGCUGCUUACUCUAUACCCCUUUCGAACUUUGAAUCAUGGGGUGGAUUGAGCCUCAACGACACUGGUGAUGACAAUGAAAAUGAUGCCACCGAGAGGGAAGGCAGUCAGGCGAUUGGGACUGAUCACCAUCAGCAUCCACCAUGCUCAUCUGAGCGAGCUAAGAUAAAUAUUUCUCAUUCGGAGCUGACACAAUGGGUAAUGGACCACUUCGAGGAAGUUCUUUUGGAUCUGCGGAUGUUUUGUGACAUUAUCAAGGGUAGGCAGCCACGAUUUGCCCUCACCGGACUUCUACUGGCCCUGCAGGCAGUGAAAAGGCGCAUGUGGUGCACGGAGGUGGCGGAUCUGGAAAGUGUACGGGACCUUCUGCGUUCGACGAUUGUGGAUGAGGAACACGAUCCAGGCUGGUCCGUUCUUCGCACCAUCGUUGGGCGAGGUCGGACGAUGCCACGGCGGUUUCAAAUGCCGGUUUCGGUCUGCAUGCAUUCCGACGACCUCGCGGAAAUGAGAGCACGGCGUCAAAUGGCCAAAAGGAGGUGGAAGCAAUGCGCCGCCGUGGCCCGUGAGUAUCUAAAAUUGCGAGAAGUUCUUCGUGUUGUGCUGGCCGUGUCAGAGGUUUCAGACCACCCCAAUGCUCAACAAAGGUAUGAUAGUGUGUGGUCGGCCCUUCGCGGCACCACCGCAAUGCUUAAAGCGGAGAAGGAAUCACAGCAGAGUCAGUCAGCUGACUUGGAGGAGGUAGGAGCAGCGAUUCCCAUGGGAGCCUGCGGUGAUGAUUUGCUGCAGCAAAUCCGUGACUUAAGUAAAGUGACGGUGGGAGGCGUUGUAAGCUACUUUUUUGGAUAUGUCGUCGGGAAGGCACAGCGGAGGGCCUUCUUGUCGGCGCUGUUUAGCAUGCAACACCUGGCGGGCGCCGAGGGAUACGACAGUGUGCCGUUUUGGUGA